AAGCAUUGCGGUGUUUUACUGCCAGGAGAUCUUGGCUAUGUGUAUCAUGUCAUGCAGAGGCUCGGUAUUGGCUCAGUGCGGUAGUAUCAGCCUCCUUUUUUGUCUCAAAAAAAGUCUGUCAUAUGCAUAGCAUUUGUGUGGGUGGGAAUCAGAAAUUUAUCACUCACUACAAACAAAAGAAUUUUGUCAGUCUUGUUUCCUUACGUGGAAAAGCUAGUUAAAUUUGUGCCAGUGCUAAAUAUUAAUUUAACCCUUUAAUUCUUACGAAUGCGUUGCUGAACCUGACAUGAAACCUCGAGUGUUGUCAUGUUCUUCGUUUGUGUUUGGCUACACAUUCAGGUUGCCCCAAUACAUCGCCUGUGCCCGACUAGUUUUCCGUAUCCAUCUUCAGUUAUCUUGGGAACAAGAGUAGCAGGAAAGCCGGAUGUGUGCCGCACAAGCGACAGCGGGCCUCUACAGGAUUCCAGAGAGUGAGAACAAGAAUCCAAUUCUCUGCCAACACACGCCCCUGCCAGGAUGCUCUGCCCUGCCCUGCCCUGCCCUGCACCCGCAGGCCUUCAACUUUUUGACUGUAUUAUUCCACGUCCAGCCCAGCUUCCCUCCCCACACCCGCACCCGCUGCCGCCCAACAACUCAAACAACAGCAGCAGUAGAGUAGAGAGGUGGCCGCAAAUGCACACCAGCACCAACAUUGAUUGAUUCCAAGACGACUUCAAGUGAACUGAACCGCUAGCUACAUCCACGUACAUGGACACCGCCCCCUUUCAGCUUUGCCGGUGCUCCCAUCUUGCCACCAUUGUUGCAUUGUACAGCACAGCAGCUAGUGCUUGUUGGGGCAGGGUAUGCAACUAGUCCUGUACAGAGACGGGAAGUACUUCCACUAUUGCUUGUACUGCAGCGGGGCGUCAUCAUAAAACAAGGGCGCUGUGUGUGAAGCCGGUGGAAGAAACAGUUCGUGGUGGCGCCCUUCUCCCCUUUUAUUAUCUUCCCUCCACAUGUCCGCACGCCGCCACUACUACUGCAUGGUGAACACUGUUCAUUAUGCCAUAGGCUGGUGAGACUGUGAGGGUGACUGCAGGCAGCGCUGGUGGAGGAGCAGGGGAAGCAGCGGCAGCUCUCGCCUCCUUGCUGAUGUAUUCCCCUCCCUGCUCUGCUGCUGGAAGCAACGGCGAGCGGAGCUUCGCGGCCGGAGCCAACCCGCUUGCUUUGCUCGACCAUGCCAUGGAUUUCGACGAGCACGUCCUUUUUCCUAUGCACAAUGCAGGGAUGCAAGAUGGAGUUCAGUUCUACAAUCCUACUGCUGGUGGUAGUGGUACUGAGCUGAGUAGAAACAUGAGCAUGGAGAAGGGUUUGAAAGGCGGUAAAAGGAAGGGCUCCGGCGAGGGCAGUUCGACGAUGCAUUCACAAGAGGAAACCGGUGGCAUGUCUCAGAGAGAGGUCAGCAUGGAGGGCGCUGGCGAGAAGGAAGGUGAUGCUGCUAGCAACAGAGAGGACUACGUGCAUAUCCGGGCGAAGCGCGGCCAGGCGACCAACAACCACAGCCUUGCAGAAAGGUUUCGGAGGGAGAAGAUCAACGAGAGGAUGAAGCAUCUACAAGACCUCGUCCCAGGCUGCAACAAGAAGAUUACAGGCAAGGCCAUGAUGCUCGACGAGAUCAUAAACUAUGUGCAGUCCCUGCAGCGGCAGGUCGAGUUCCUCUCGAUGAAGCUCUCGGCGGUCAGCCCCGAGCUGAACUGCGAUCUCGACCUCCAAGACAUCCUUUGCCCGCAGGACGCCCGCUCCGCGUUUCCGGGAUACGGCCAGCGAUUGGGCAGCGUUCAUCCUAACAGCAAUAUGUACAGGGCGUCGCAGCCGGGCCUCUCGCGUCCUGAACUAUACGGGAACGGGAUCAUCAUCCCAAACCCGGCAAAUGUUCAUAUGGCGAGAGCGGCUCAGCAGCUGUCUGCUUUUCCCCAGAGGAGCAUCGUUUGGGACGAGGAACUUGGCAAUGUUGGUCCGGCUGCCUUCCCGUCGGACGUCGUCGGCGCCAGUAGCUUAGAGAACUCCGAGUCGAUGAAGGUGGAGUAGCUAGCCAGCAAGCUGACGGUUAACCAUGUGCAGAGGCUGCACAGAUCUCCUCGGGCUUUAGCGAGUUUAACUGCUGUCGUUGAGAGGACGAUUCUCUAAGUGUGCGUGUGUGUGACUUUUGUACAGUUUGACUAAGCAGACGGAUGAAAAGCUUGUGGUCCGCUGUGAUGUGCCAUCUCUGCCUGGACUGAAAUUAUUAGUGGUAAUAAUGAUUGGGUUUCAUGAGUUGAUCUACA